AUGACGGCAAAGUGGCAAGUCACCCGUCUCCUGCACGGGGUCCGAGCCAUCGUCGGCGGUCAAGGUCCUCCUGUGGUGCUCAUUCCCGGCUGGCCACAGACAGCAGAAGCGUGGAGUGACAUGUUUGAGCCACUUUCCAGAAACUACCAGUUCUUUGCACUUGACCCCCCAGGCUUGGGUGAUUCUCUUCCUCCCGCCAAUGGCUAUGAUACCGCGAACGUGAGCAAGAUCAUGGCCGAAGCCAUUCACGACGCUUUGAAAGAACAACCGUAUCAUCUAAUUGGCCAUGAUGUGGGCGGAUGGAUCGCGUAUCCCUGGGCCGCUCAAUUCCAAUCGAGAAUCAAAUCGCUCAGUAUCUUAGAUGCAUCAGUGCCGGGUUUCUUGCCUCAGUUUCAGUUCCCAUUGUCUCAGCAGACCAAUUUGCGUCUUUGGCAAUUCUCCUUCAAUGCACUUCCUGAGUUACCUGAAAUCCUGACGAGCGGUCGUGAGCGGGAGCUCUUGACCUGGUUUUUCAACUUGAAGACCGUUCAUCCCGAUGGAGCCAUGAGUCGAGGAUUCGAGUACUAUCGGUCUUUUGAGACGAGCUCGAAGCAGAAUCUGGAGUUCGCAAAGACACCACUUGAUAUUCCUGUCUUAGCUCUGGGUGGAGAGAGCUCGGUUGGUACGGGUAUGAUCGAUUUGGUUCAGAAGUUCGCGGCCAAUGUUUCCGGAGGCGCUAUUCACGAUUGUGGCCACUUCCUCCCCGAAGAGCAACCAUCUGCUGUUGCGCAAAGACUGCUGGAAUUCUUGGACGCAAACCAAAAGGAGUGA